UCCCAGGCUCUGGCCACGGGCAGCUGCCCUCCUCCGAGCGCUGCCAUGAACCACUUCCAGACCAUCCUGACUCAGGUCCGGAUGCUGCUCUCCAGCCAUCAGCGGGGCCAGGUGCAGGCCCUCCUGGACAACCUGCUGGAGGAGCAGCUUCUCUCCAGGGAGUACCACUGCGCCCUGCUCCAGGAGCCUGACGGCGAGGCUCUGGCCAGGAAGAUCUCGUUGACGCUGCUGCAGAAAGGAGACCCAGAAUUGGCCCUCUUGGGAUGGGCCUGGAGUGGGCUGCAGGGCCCAGUGGUUGAGAGGGACCCCGGCUACAAGGACCAUGGUGGCCAGCUGUCCUCAGGGCUGGAGGCUUGA